GACUGGGCAUAGUGUGCUCUUCCCGCUGGCUGCGGGGCUGGCAUCCAUCCCUGGGGCUGCCGGGCGUGCAGCUGGCCCAUGUUGGGGCUGCAGAGCGGCUGCAGCGGGAAUACGACGCAGUGGUGAUCGGGGCAGGGCACAACGGGCUGGUGGCAGCUGCCUACCUGCAGCAGGCAGGGGUGCGCACAGCUGUGCUGGAGAAACGCCAUGUGCUGGGUGGAGCAGCCGUCACGGAGGAAAUCAUUCCAGGCUUCAAGUUCUCCCGGGCAUCCUACCUGCUCAGCCUGCUGCGGCCACAGAUCUACACUGAGCUAGAGCUGCAGCAGCAUGGCCUGAAGGUGCUCCCGCGGGACCCCUACUCCUUCACCCCGCUGCUGGAGGACAGGAGCCUCCCACGCUCCCUCCUGCUGGGGCACAACAUGGCCCAGACUCAGCAGCAGAUUGCUCAGUUCUCCCAAAAGGAUGCCCAGGCUUAUCCUGAGUACGAGGCAUUCAUGGGGCGCUUGGUGUCAGCCCUCGACCUGCUGCUGGAUGCCUCCCCAGUGGAUACAGCUGCCCUGGGGCAGGGGUCCCUACUCCAGCGACUCAGGGCCCUGCGAGACCUCCGACCCCUGCUGCAAGCAGGGCUGAUGCUGGGGCAGAAGCUGCCCCGCUAUUAUGAGGUGCUCACAGCCCCCAUCUCCAAGGUCCUGGAUCAGUGGUUUGAGUCAGAGCCCUUGAAGGCAACUUUGGCUACUGACGCCGUGAUUGGAGCCAUGGCCAGUCCCCACACCCCUGGCAGUGGGUAUGUGCUGUUGCACCAUGUGAUGGGCCAGCUGGAGGGACAGCGGGGGGCCUGGGGCUAUGUGGCUGGCGGGAUGGGGGCCCUGUCCCAAGCCAUCGCCUGUGCAGCAGCUGCCCAGGGAGCCCACAUCUUGGCCAAGAAGGCGGUGAGCCACGUGCUGCUGGGCAAGGACGGGCGGGCACAGGGCGUCGCGCUGCAGGAUGGGACAGAGGUGAGGAGCAAGCUGGUGCUGUCCAACGCCUCUCCCCAAAUCACCUUCCUGGAGCUCACACCCAAGGAGCAGCUGCCAAAGGAUUUUGUCCAGCGGAUCAAGCAGGUUGACACACGCUCCCCUGUCACCAAGAUCAACGUGGCUGUGGAUCGGCUGCCCAACUUCCUCGCUGCCCCCAAUGCCCACGGUGGCCAGCCCCUGCCCCACCACCAGUGCUCCAUCCAUCUCAACUGUGAGGACACCCAUCUCCUGCAUCAGGCCUUCACUGAAGCCACCCAUGGGCACCCCUCCAGCAGGCCCAUGAUCGAGCUCUGCAUCCCCUCGGUGCUGGACCCAGGGCUGGCUCCAAAGGGCUGCCACGUCGUGUCUCUCUUCACCCAGUACACCCCCUUCGUGCUGGCAGGUGGGCGGCCCUGGGAUGAGCAGGCCAGAAAUGCAUAUGCAGACACAGUGUUUGACUGCAUCGAAGCCUAUGCCCCGGGGUUCAAGGCAUCUGUCAUCGGCAGGGACAUCCUGACGCCACCAGACCUGGAAAGGAUCUUUGGGCUGCCGGGUGGGAAUAUCUUCCAUGCCGGGAUGUCUCUGGACCAGCUGUACUUUGCCCGGCCGGCACCAUCCUACUCAGGCUACCGGUCCCCAGUUCCUGGCUUGUACAUGUGUGGAAGUGGAGCCCACCCUGGAGGAGGAGUGAUGGGAGCAGCAGGACGCAAUGCCGCCCAGGUGGCCCUGGAGGACUUUAGGCGCCUGUGGUGA